AGUCAUUUCAAGUCUAGGAUAGUCUGGGUCUGCAAGGUUCAAAACAAGGAGAGAUAAGCUACAAAAGACCAGUAAGACUUCUCUUCACUACAUCUUUGUGCACAUCUACAGCAAAGAGCUCUUGACUAGUGAUGGAGUCUGCUAUCGGGGUGCUGGUGUCCCAGUUUAAGGCAUAUGCUGGCAGUGAUGGUUCCUCAGACACACUGAGCAGGGAUGAGUUCCACAGACUGGUCAAAUCUGAGCUCCCAAAGUUUGUCACGAACAGUGGCAACCCAAAGGCCAUUGACCAGCUCAUGAGCUCAUUGGACAAGAACAAUGAUGGAGAGCUCAACUUCAUGGAGUUCUGGCAGCUGAUUGGGCAUCUUGCAAGCAGACAUGGGGGGUUCAGCCAAUAGUAGUGUCCUCAGAUACUCUGUUACAGCUUCAUGUGUGUGUCACUGACAAGUCUGUGUGCCAUACAGUUAGAAAAAACUGGAUAACAGCCAAAUGGAAAACACCCUGAAGUCUGUUUCAAGUGCAGAAUGCUCUGUUUUUAUCAGCGGUCUGCAUUGCUUCUCACCCAGCAACUGCCAAACUGGCACACACUCUCAGUACUGUUAAACUAUUUCAGAAAUAUUAGAACCAGUCCUAGCUGUUUCCAUGCACACACACACAUACACACACAGCUGCUUGUGCUUACAGGUCCACAAGGGUGUAGCAGAGUGGGAAUGUGUUUUCUGAAAACCGAGAAUGUGUGUAAGUGCUUUAUUUUCUUGACUUGUUUAAUUCUUGGAACACACCUUGUGCAGUUUAUCUUCUCCCUCCAGGACCCAAACAGAGGAGUUGUUUGGGGAGUUUAAGGCUUGAAAUAAAAUGUUGAAUAAAUGGUAAAACGAG